AUGAAAAAAACUCCCGUGUCGCCUUCACCGAAGGAGACACCGUAUUCUGCCGCCAUUGCACAGCACCAGGAGGCCCGGCUUAACGUCGCCUUUACCCGGCGUCUGCUGGGCUGUAACGGCUGGCUGGGCAUCGCCCUGACGGGCGCCAUCGUCAUCAACGGGUAUCUGGCCUGGAAAGUGGCAAACCCGCCUCUGGCUGUCGUGGCCAGCGAUAACGGACGCAUUAUCCCGCUGCCGGCCAUGAACAAGGCCACCUACAGUGAUGCCGACAUCAUUGACUACGGCGCACGGGCAACCCGGGCAAACUUCACACUGGAUUUUGUGCAUUACCGGGAACAAAUCAACGCCCGUCAGGACAGCUUCUCUGACGAAGGUUUCGUCAGCUAUUACAACGCCCUGGUGUCAUCCGGCAUUCUGGAAAAAGUGAAGGAAAAGCGGAUGAACCUCUCCGUCCUGACGUCAUCGGGCAUCAUCCAGAGUAAAGGCGUGCUCGAUAACGGUCACUAUGCCUGGCGGGUGCAGUACCCCAUCACGCUGCGCCUGAACGGCCAGAGCACGUCACUGCCGCCCCAGAAUUUCAUUCUGACCAUGAUGAUUGAGACCGCCGAUCCCCGGCUGAAAAAGGACGGUCUGAACAUCACCCAGUCCGUCAUUCUUGCGUCCUGUCUCCUGUACGGUCAUGCCGUUCUGGCUGACGCAGCCGCACCGGGCAACACCGCGACCGGACAACAAUGGCAGCCGGCCGUCAGCCUGAAUAAUACGGCAACCCCCGUAUCGGGCAUCCCGGCCCUGGCGGAUGUGCCGGCACGACCUGUGGAGGGCGAUGUUCCGCCCCCGCAGUCAGGAAACUCACAGGCAUCACAGGCAUCACAGACAGAAAGUGCCACGGAUAUCGCCCGGGCCGUCACCCUUCCCCUGCCACCGGAAGACAUCACGCAGCUCCGGAAAGAGUACGACGACCUGCAGCGACACAGUGCUUUUAACCCGUUAACCGUGGUGCCCCGUAUCCGUUCCCUGACCGUGAAACUGACGCCGGGGGCGUCACUGCCCAUGAUGCAGGUUCUGCCCAAUUAUCCCGGUGUCAUCAACUUCACCGAUCAGAACGGUGCCCCCUGGCCAGUGGCCGCACCGCCCAUUAACGGAAAUGAAAAGGGAUUCCGGGUAGUGUAUCUGCCUGACUCCCCCUCCAUCGUGGUUCAGGCCAGCCGUGUAUAUGACACCGGCAGCGUGACGGUGUACCUGAAGGGGCUGGCCGUACCGGUCACCAUCAGUCUGGCCAGCGGUUCGCCCUCGGACAAAUCUGCAUCACAGUUCAGUGACAGCCGUCUGGAUCUGCGAAUUCCGCAGACUCAGCCGGGCAAAUCCCGGCCUGUACGCCAGGCAAAAGAAAAAGUCGGGCUGUAUGACGACACCCUGCAGGCAUUUCUGGACGGCGUUCCCCCCAAAGAAGCCCGUCCCCUGCGCGUGAAGGGGGAUGUACCGGCCACACAGGCCUGGCAGAUGGGAGACGACCUGUACCUGCGUUCCGGCGCGAUCCUUCGUGAUGAAUUUGAACAGACGCUGACGGCGGCUGACGGUACACACGUCUGGAAACUGCCGGUCACCCCUUACGUCAUGUUUUCCGUUCAGGGCAAUAACGUCCCCCUGACCAUCGAGCUGGAGUAA